AUGCGUCGCGCGCCUGCAGGUUGCACAAUCCACUUACCCCAGUCUCACAACCAAGAACGCGAUGACACACCUGUGGGCACAUUUGCACCGCAGUUCAUAUCGGAAGACGGUCAGGAGACGCCGCGGCUAGGCGGCAUAGUCGAGGGCGAGAAUGACUUCUCAGGAAAGCGAUAUGUCUGGCUUAGGGAUCCGGCGACUGCAUUUGUCCGGGGAUGGGUUGUGGAAGAUCUGCCAGAGGGACGAAUCCUCGUACAAUGCGACAAUGGCUCGCAGCAGGAGGUGGAGGCGGAUGCGGUCGACAAGGUCAAUCCGGCCAAGUUCGAUAAAGCCGACGACAUGGCAGAACUCACGCACUUGAACGAGCCUUCAGUCAUCCACAAUCUUCAUAUGCGAUACCAGGCGGAUCUGAUAUAUACUUACUCUGGUCUCUUUUUGGUCACAAUAAAUCCCUACUGUCCGCUCCCAAUAUACUCGCGAGAAUACAUCAACAUGUACCGAGGGCGGAGUAGAGAGGAAACAAAACCGCAUAUUUUCGCCAUGGCGGACGAAGCUUUCCGGAAUCUGGUAGACGAGGGCGAGAACCAGAGUAUUCUUGUCACCGGUGAAUCUGGCGCAGGUAAAACUGAGAACACCAAGAAGGUCAUUCAAUAUUUGGCUGCGGUCGCAAAUUCAGACGAUACGAGAGCCAAGUCGGGAGGACGCCAUCUCUCCAACUUGUCGGAACAGAUCCUCCGCGCCAAUCCAAUCCUCGAAGCAUUCGGAAAUGCCCAGACCGUGCGCAACAACAACUCCUCUCGUUUCGGAAAGUUCAUUAGGAUCGAAUUCACUGCGACUGGUCAAAUAGCUGGAGCAUACAUUGACUGGUACCUCCUGGAGAAAUCCAGGGUAGUACGAAUCAACUCGAAUGAGCGGAACUACCAUGUCUUCUACCAGCUUCUGCGAGGAGCAGAUGGCAAGAUGAAGCAGGACUUGCAUCUGAACAAUAAGGAGAUCGAAGACUUUGACUACACCAAGCACGGCAAUGAUGCGAUUUCUGGAGUAUCUGAUCGGGAUGAGUGGAACGCUUUGAUAGAAGCCUUCCACAUCAUGGGAUUCACGGACAAAGAUCAAACCUCCAUACUACGAACAGUAGCGGCUGUCCUCCACCUCGGUAACAUUCGGGCCAUGAAGGAGAGCAGACGAGCAGACCAAGCAACCUUUGAUCUUGCCGCGGAGGCACAGGCGAGGAUUGUCUCCCAGUUGCUCGGCAUCUCUUCAGACGACUUCGUGAAGGCGCUUCUACAUCCACGAGUCAAAGCUGGCCGAGAAUGGGUUGAGAAGGUUCAAACUCCGGAGCAAGUCAAUCUAUCCAUCGAUGCUUUGGCGAAGGGCAUUUACGAGCGUGGCUUCGGAGAUCUAGUUGACCGUAUCAACCGGCAGCUUGACCAAGCUGGUAGCGGAGGAGAUGACUCUCACUUCAUCGGAGUUCUCGAUAUCGCCGGUUUCGAAAUCUUCGACGAGAACAGCUUCGAGCAGCUGUGCAUCAACUACACCAACGAGAAAUUGCAGCAAUUUUUCAACCAUCACAUGUUCGUUCUUGAGCAGGAGGAGUAUGCUCGCGAGCAGAUUGAGUGGAAGUUCAUCGACUUCGGUCGCGAUCUUCAGCCAACUAUUGAUCUCAUCGAGCUCCCUAACCCGAUUGGUAUCUUCUCGUGUCUGGACGAGGACAGUGUCAUGCCAAAGGCCACCGAUAAGACCUUCACGGAGAAGCUACACUCCCUAUGGGACCGCAAAAGUACAAAGUACAAGCGAUCGCUACUUACUCAAGGUUUCAUGCUCACGCAUUAUGCCGCCGAAGUAGAAUACUCCACAGAAGGCUGGCUGGAGAAGAACAAGGAUCCGCUGAACGACAAUGUAACACGACUCCUGGCUGGUUCUAGCGACAAGCAAAUCGCUCACCUCUUCACGGAUUGUGCCGAUGUUGAAGAUGAUGCUGGAAGCUCCCGUAAUAGGGUGAAGAAGGGUCUCUUCCGAACAGUUGCUCAGCGUCACAAAGAGCAAUUGUCUUCCUUGAUGACCCAGCUUCAUUCGACACAUCCCCAUUUCGUUCGAUGUAUCUUGCCAAAUCACAAGAAGCGACCCAAACAGUUCAGCGCGCCCCUCGUACUCGAUCAGCUCAGAUGCAACGGUGUACUAGAAGGUAUCCGUAUCGCACGUACAGGUUUCCCUAAUCGACUGCCUUUUGUCGAAUUCCGCCAGCGAUACGAGGUGUUAUGCAGAGACCUCCCCAAAGGCUACCUUGAGGGCCAGGUCGCAGCAAAGAUGAUACUGGAGAAGCUCAACCUUGACAGAGCACUAUAUCGUGUUGGUCUGACCAAGGUCUUCUUUAGAGCCGGUGUUUUGGCCGAGCUUGAAGACCAGCGUGACACACUCAUCCGAGAUAUCAUGAUUCGCUUCCAAUCAGCAGCUCGAGGAUUCGUCCAACGUCGCCUCGCACACAAGCGACUUUAUCGUGCUGAAGCCACUCGUAUUGUGCAAAGGAACUUCCAGGUCUAUCUUGACAUGCAGUCAAACCCAUGGUGGAGACUGUUUGCGCGCAUGAGGCCCAUGCUUGGAGCUACUCGCCAAGCCGCGGAAGUCAAGAAGCGUGACGAAAUGAUCGUGAAGCUGGAAGAGAAGAUGCAACUCGAGGCCGCCGAGAAGCAGCGAGUUGAAGAUGAGCGAAGGAGAGCCGAGAUGGACAUCCAGCGUAUCCAGAAGACGCUCGAAAGUGAGCGUGCUUUAGCACUCGACAAGGAAGAAAUCUUCAAACGCCUGCAAUAUCGAGAGGCUGAGCUUACCGAGAAGCUUGCCGGAGCUAUCGAAGACCAGGACAAGUUAGAAGACCAACUAGACGAACUCAUGGAGGCCAAGAAAAAGAUCGAAGAACAAGCCGAAGUCUGGCGCAAAGAGUUGGAACAGGCUAGUCAAAUCAUCAGCAGCCUGGAAGACGAGAAACAAGAUCUUGAGACACAACUUGCUGAAAUGGACCAGCAGCUACAAGAGCUGGAAGCCGCCAAAUCGCAACGUAGUCAGGCCGAAGAGUCUCUGAGUCAAGAGGUCAAGAUGCUCACCAGCCACCUGCACUUGAAGGAGCGCAAACUUGAAGAGCUUCAGGCAAAGCUGCUCAAGACCGACCAAGAUCUGGAUAUCAAGCUGGCAGCAUCAGUUAAAGAAGUUCAAGCGAGCAAGAAACAGAUCAAGGAACUCUUGGACGAAAAUCGCCAAGUUCGACAACAAAUCGCGGACCUUUCGUCGACCUCGACUAGCUACGAAGAUCUAAUCAGGCGCAAGGAAAGUGAACUGGCUAUCCUCAAGACGGACCUUAAGAAUUACGAAUCUGAUCGCCAGAUCUUUGACAGCGAAAAACGCACACUGGCUUCGAAACACGAUGAUCUUCAGAGCCGGCUACGAGACGCCAAGGCUGAAGUUGAUGCUAUGCGCUCGCAGCAGCAGCAACUCGAGCGCGAAGCUGCUGAUACCAAGCGCCUCCUAGAGGAGAAGAUUACAGAAGACGCACAGAGCAGCGAAGGCCGAAAGGUUCUAGAGGAGCAGAUCGAAACCCUCAAAGCAGACCUUUUCCACGUGCAGAAGGAGCUAAGCCGGGAGCGUCAGUCUCGCGACGAUGUGGAGAUGCUGGGCGAGCAUAGGUACGACACUUUGAAGCGAGAUUUCGAUGCCUUGAACGAGUCCAAGAUCACCAUCGAGAAGGAGAUGUACGUCCAGCAAGACGCUCUACGACGAGCCAAUGAGUCUCGUGCCAAUCAUGAGAAGGAGCGCAAGGACUAUCAGAGCGAACUGCGUACCCUCCGCGAGAAAUACAUGAAGCUUGAGGAGGAGAAACUUGAUGCCGAUGCGGAGGCAGAGCGUGUUCAGUCCCGUUUGGCCUUGGAACGCCAAACAGCACAGCAACGGGAGAUUGAAGCAAAAGACCAACAGCUCGAUCAGCUAGAAGCAGAACGCGAUGAGCUUGCCGAGCAAGUUCAUAAUCUUACACAGAUGCUAGCGGACUCCGACUCUUUCAAAGAGCGCAAUGACCAACAAAAAGAGCGCCUCGAGCGAGAACUCGUCACAGUUAAAGGCCGUUUGACUGCAUCCGAAAACGACAAUCGUGCCCUUCUCAACAAGUUACAGCAGAAGAACCUAGACAUUGCGCGAUCUAGUUCUCGUGCUGGAGAAACCCAACGUUCGAAGAUCAUACAAUUGACGAACGAGAAGGCCAAGGCUGAAGAAGAGAGCAAGCACCUCUUCAGUCAACUUGAGGACGCUCAGCUCACCAUUGCCUCGUUAGAGAAGCAAAAAGAGAAGCUUUCUCUCAGUCUUGAGGACUUGAACCAUGAAAUUACACGAGAGCACAAGACCAGCCGCAACGCCGAAAAAGCGUCUUCGACCUUCAACCUACAGCUUGCAGAUGUCAACAGAAAGCUGGAGACCGAGAGGCAGCUUCGAACACAAGCUCAGGCCAACACUCGCACCGUUCAGGCAACUCUGGAAAACUCAAACCGCGAGCUUGAAGAAUGCCACAAACAGCUCAUGCUCUUACGCAAGGUUUUCGACCCCGAAGGCGCCGAUGUCACCAUCACCUACGAUGCUGCCAAGCCGGACAUCACCAAGACGGUCAAUCUUGCGGAGCGUUUGGAGGCUGCCAAUCAAGCUCUGCGUGUGGCAGCUGAGCGAUACUCGCGCGCUGAGGCUCAGUUGGAUGAGCUCCGGGAAAGGCACGAGGAUGAGCUCAAUAACAUGGAUGCUCGUCAUGCUAACUCGAAGCGUGCAAUGCUAGAGGAGAUGAACAGCAGUCAAGUCAACCAAGCGGGCGCACGCCGAUCGCCUACUCAUGUUCGUAAGGAUAGCGAGAACCGUAGGCCAUUCUCGAUCACCAACACGCCAACAAACCAGAGGCAUAUCAGCAACGCCACAGAUAACUCUGCUCGCUCAGAUCGUACUGUUGACACUGUCGCAUUCAACAACCGUAUGGAUAUGGCUGCCGAACUUGAGCUCGUGCAGAAUCAGCUACAAAUGUCAGAGAUGCGCAACAAGCAUCUGCAAAGCCAAAUCGAGCGAUCGCCUGUUCGCAACGGCUACCAAGACGACAGCCCGUCUGUCCGGAGAGUACACAAGCUGGAGCGUGAGAACUAUCGUUUGCAUGACAUGCUCGAUGAUUCCGCCAAGAAGGUGUCUGCGCUCGAACACAGCCUUCAAUCAGGCCAGCUCUCCUACCAGGAAGUCCAGACUAAGUCUCACGAAGAGCUCUUCGAUCUUAUAACAUCACAAGAGCAGUCCCGCAAAUCGGUCGUACAGGCCCACAAAGCGGCGAUCAACGAGCUUGCCGACGCGAAGACAGCAUUUGACGACAUCAAGCAAGCAAAGAUUGCCAUCGAGAAUGAGUUGCGAGAGAUCAAGAUGGACUUCGACGAGUUCGCUUUGGAGAGAGAACAAGAGCAUGCCAACCACAACCAACUGCUACAAGAAUUUGCAGACCUCCAAAUUCGAUUGGACAAUGAAACUUCAACACUGGUCGAUGCUCAAUCAAACCUCAGCCUGUACAAGAACAGGGCUGAUGACUACUUCAACAAGCUUGAACAAGCAGAAAUCUCUGUUUUGAAGGCUUCGAGAGCCGAGCAAUUUGCCAAGUCGCAGGCGCGUGAAGCUGAAGAGACUUGUGCGACCGUCAUGGCUGAGCGCAAGAACAUGGAUGGCAUGGUUGAAGACCUCCAACGACAGGUUCAGCGAUUUGAAGAGCGCGUCGAAGACUUGUCGACCGACCUGGAGACUGCAUUACAAGCCAAGAAACGCCUCCAAAACGAGCUCGAGGACUACAGAAGCCAGCAUGCUCACGAUGUUGAGGAUGGUGAAACGUCGUUGGAGCAGACACGGAGAAAGUACCAGACUGAGCUCUCAACAUUGACACACGAACUCGAUGUCGAACGGGAGAACGUCAUCUAUGUGCGUGAAGAGAAUGGCCGAUUGCGCGAGGAGAUUGAGGAGAUGCGAAGCAAGUGGGAUGACGAGGUCCUAAACUCUUCCACCUGGGCCAAGGAGAAGAGCCGUCUUGAGAUGACUUUGCAAGUUAUCUCGAACUCUCGCGACGAGGCGGCCAACGCCCACAACGAAGCACAAUCGAAGAUCGUUCGCAACCUGCGCACCAACGUCGACGACCUCGCUGCUGAGCGAGACUCAGCUAUCGAGGAGAAGCGACGCCUCGAAUCACGUCUGCAAGAGGCUGCAGAUGCGCUUGAGGACCUCUCGCGCUCAGACUCGCCGGCGAUGCGCAACGCUGCCACCUACGACCGUGAGCUUUUGGAGCUCAAGUCAGGUUUGGCACAGCAAGAGGACAUUGCUGCCGCUGCAGUAGGCAAGAUGCGCCGUGCUGAGGCAUUGGCACAAGAGUUGCAAAAGGACAUUGUCGCAGAGCGUGAAGCGAAUGUAAAAUUGCACAAGGACAAGGCUGCAGUCGAGAAGGGCCUAAAAGACCUUCAGCUUCGCCUUGUAGAUCUGGAGACCAAGGGCUACAGUGGCUCUGCCGGCAAGGACGUUAGGUUCCUUCAUGGCCGUAUUCAAGAGCUUGAGAAGGCACUUGAGACCUCGGAAUCAACACGUCUCACGGAAUCGCGAAGCGUCCGCAACGUCGACCGUACCGUCAAGGACCUGCAAACCCAGAUCGAGCGUCGCGACAAGCAAAACGCCUCAGUAAUGGAGGAUCUGAACAAGGCUCGUGAGAAAAUGUCAACCCUACUCGCCACCAUCGACGAACUUCAAUCCUCAGAUUCGUCAAGUCAGCUUGCCGCUAAGCGCGCCGAGCGUGAACUCCGUGAGGAGAGAGAGAAGAGCCUACGUCUUGAGCGUGAACUCGAAGGAUGGAAGAACCUUCGCGUCGAACGUCGAAGCGCUCUCGGCGUCCCCGCCGCUGCAGGAAGUGACGCAGGCGACGCCCGCUCCCGCCGCGGCUCUUCCAUCGGCCUAUUAAUGGGCGAGAUGGGCGAAGUAGCAUCGAGCGAAAAAGGCAAAUACGAAGGGUUUUUUGUAGUUGAUGGGGCCUCCGAGGAGACGGGGAUGAACUGGAGGUCCCGGUAUCUUUUACCAGUGAAGCUGGAUCCGCACCGCGAAGAAGAAGAGGAUCCAGCAACGGCUGUUGUUGUUAAUAAGAAUCAUGUCAAGGAGUUGGAACGCAAGGAUUCCACUAUUGGCCAGGAGUAUAUGGAGAGGGUCGUGCUUGAUCUUGAUGAGGAUGAUGGCGCGAGCACGCUUGUCGGACAUGAGCAUGAAAAUGGCAUGUAUGGCGAGAAGGAGGUCGAGAUGGAGGUCGAUGACAGCGAGGAUGAGGACGAGGGCCGGGACGGCGGGGAUUGUGGAGUUAAACGGAAACGUACUAUACGGGUUAUUAUCAGGUCAAGGGCGUUUUUGUAGGAUGAGCAUGGGGUCUAAGCUCUUUCUGGGCAUGGCUUCUCUGUUUACAUCGGCGUUUGUUUUUUAGCAUCGGGCGUUGAGUUCUUUGGUUCAGCGGUGGGAGAGCUGAGAUUUUCUGGCUGGUUGUGUAGGAGGGAUUUGGAUAUGAUUAAUGAGGAUUGAGCCUGU